UUUCUGUGCUGGCUUAGUUUCACCUUACCAGCUGUUACUGGCCAGGUUCACAUCUCUUCCUGUCAGCGCCCUGGGCAGCAGCAUGCGCUGGUGUCUGUUGCUGAUCUGGGCCCAGGGGCUGAGGCAGGCUGCCCGUUUUACCUCAGAAUCUGUGGAAGGCACAGUACUAACACAGGGGAAUAUUCUGGCGAAGGAAGGUGGCUCUGUCAUCUUACAAUGUCACUUAUCCUCCACUACUGCUAACGUGACCCAGGUCAAUUGGGAGCAGCAAGACCAGCUCUUGGCCAUUUAUCACCCUCAUUUUGGUUGGUACAUCAACCCCAUCCUCAGUGACCGGGUGUCCCCGGGCCCCAGGGAGGCCAUUGCCUUCCAUUCGCUGACCACGAAUGACACAGGGGAGUACUUUUGCAUCUACCACACCUACCCGGAUGGGAUUUACAGGGGGAGAAUCUUCCUGGAGGUCCAAGGGAGCUCAGCGGCCAAGACCAGCACUUGGUUCCAGAUUUCAUUGCUUGGAGCUGUGGCCUCAGCGCUGGGGAUUAUCUGCGCAACAGCCUUUGGGGUGGUGACUCUGGCCAGAAAGAAAAAAUCACUGAGAAUCCAUUCUGUGGAAAGCGGCCUCAGAAGGAUGCCUGCCGAACAGCAGGAAUGGAGCGCCAGCCUCCCCUCGUCCCCUGGAAGCUGUGUCCAGGCAGAAGCUGCCCCUGCUGGCCUCUGUGGAGAACACAGGGGAGAUGACUGUGCAGAGCUGCAUGAGUACUUUAACGUCCUGAGUUACAGAAGCCUGGGGAGUUUCAGCUUCCUUGGGGAGAGUGGUUAGCGAUCAGAGGCAUCUUCUGGAGACAUAUGCCCCUCUUUGUGUUGUAGAUGAAAGUCAGCAUCUGUCUUCUCCAUCCUGUGGUGUGUAUGCUAAGUCAAUGAAUGACAACUCUGUUCCACUUUGGUUUCUUCUAACCUUGCUUUCCAUUUCCUCGUGGCAGACCUGAGUCCCAUCAUAAAUGCAAACUCAAAACAAAAAUGAAAACAAAACCAAACUUGACAUGCCUUUUAAAAUCUGGCAGUUUGACCAGAUCCUGUAACUCCAAGAAACACAUUCCUCCCAAUAGCACUGGACAGUGUUUGUGCUAUCAGUUUUGUGGUAGAUGAUGAGCGUGGUAAGAACACAGGUGUGGUCCACUUGUCUCACUUUCAUGUUAUCAACAUUCAUCAACAUUCACUUGGUCAAGGAAUUUUGUGAAUGAGGCAUGGUACCAGCCUCUGGGGGGGGAGGGGGUCUAGGAGGACUGAAGCAUGGCCACUUACAAAGUACAGUACAAAUGUGAGAGCCAAAAGAUUGCUGUGCCUGGACUGGCAGGACAAGUGUUUGUAGGAACCUUGUAAGAGUGCCUACUUAUAAGUGAGCUGUCAAAUUUGAUUUUCUUCUCUGGACAACUUUUCCUGUAACAUGUGUGAUGGCUGGAUACAGGGGUUUCCAGGCUCUUCCAGGAAUAUGUGCGAUGCCCCCGGGAAAUGCAUGUCUAUCGAGGAGUCAAGUUCUAGCCCUUGGCUGAACGUCUGUCUAUCUUUCAGCUAAUGGUUGAAAAUAGAAUCUGUUUCCACCAAGAGGAAAGCUUGCAAUGUUACAAUAGGGACUCUUCCUAAAGAGGAAAGAAAAGGGUUUGUGUGUGUGUGUGUGUGUGUGUGUGUGUGUGUGUGUGUAUGUGUGAGAGAGAGAGAGAGAGAGAGAGAGAGACAGAGACAGAGACAGAGACAGAGACAGAGACGGAGACACAGAGAUGGCAGAGACAGAGACAGAGAAAGGCAGAGAGUGUUUAAGAAGUAAAACUCUCACACUAGCUUCUUUGAGCCUUUUAUCUGCUCCCUGAGCUCUUUGUGCUGAGCUGGUGUCUGAACAGUCCAUUUCCGUUGGAAGUGCAUUCGGGCUGAAUUUAAAAACUUCAUUCUUCCACUGUUUCUGUUAGAAGGAUGAGCAAGGAGGCUGCGGUUAAAGUUACUGAUUUUUUUUCUUGGGCAAAGGAACUGAGAGACAAUGUGAAGCAAGGCAAUCUCUUGUCAAUGGCUAAAACAAAACAUUGCCCUGCCCCUUAAGAAUCAGCCAGAGUUAAACAAGAAGACGGUGUAACUCCUAUUCCUCUCUGGAUUCCCCUCACCCCACUUUGCCAUCCAAUAGGUCUGUAGUUAGGAGUAGUGAAUUGAAGUAUGUCCUGAGCUCCAGUCUUUUAGAAGAAAGAUAGACAUGUGUAGCAUGCUUUUGUUUGCUAUAGCAGUUCACAGUAUUUUUCUUGCAGAACUAAUGCAAAUAUGUAGGGAGUAGAACGUAAUUCAUGAAUUGGAAAUGAACUAAAAUGUAAUGACAAGGAGGGAGUGGUGUUUUGAUUUGAAGAAGAUCUAUAUUGAGCUGAGGUUGGACUGAGUGUUGGGUGUUACUUAACACAAUUAUGGUAAUUUGGAAAUGUUUGCAAAUACCAUUGGGAUGUGAUAAAAUACAAAAGAGCCUAUAGAUGUUGGAAAUGGGUCAGGUUACUAAAAUGAGAUUCACUUUGACAGAAAAUAAAUUUCAAAGUGGGAUUCACUGAAGUAGAUUCUCCUGAGAACCUGUGAAGACAUCUGCUAAAAGCUGGAUUUCUGAAGACAUGAUGUCCAGGACAGUAGCUACCUUCGACACAUCACUGUCCAAGCACUUGCAUUUGGGUUACUUUGAACUGGGGUGUGUUGCACUGUGUGUAAAACACACAUCAGAUUUUGAGGACAAUAUGAGCGAGUCAUAAAAAUGUAACUAUCUCGUUAGGAAUUUAAAAUACUGAUUGUAUGCCAACAUGGCAACUUUUAGAUAUAUUGGAUUAAAUAAAAUGUUACUAAAAUUAA